AUGAAUGAUCUUGCUGAGUCUGUUGUUUCGUUGAUUGCUGAAAAACUAGAAGAUAAGCUCCUUGUCGAAGGUCUUUUCUUUACUGGAUUGCGUGGUGAAGUCCAAUGGAUCAAAGGAGACCUGUGUAUCUUGCGGUGUAUCUUGCGGUACCUCUUAAAAGAUGCAGACACCGAAAAACGAAGAGAAGAACGAGUGAAGAACUGGGUGCAGGACGUGAGCAAUAUUGCAUACGACAUAGAAGAUGUCAUUGACACCUUUCUCUUGAGGAUAGAACACGGGAGGCGACGAGGAUUGAUCGUCUCACUUGCUUCCGUCGUCAGUAGGUUGAAAGCUCGCUUUGAGGUCGCUUUAAAGCUCAGACUUAUAAGGCUUAAAAUCAAAGAGAUCAUAGAUAGAACGUCAACUGAUAGCUGGCGAGACGUAUACUCGAGAGAAGUGACAAGCAGAAGCCUCCAAGAAUCGAGGCAAACUUCUUCAUACGUUCAAGGAACAGAGUUUGUUGGUUUUCAUAAGGAAUUCGAAGCAUUGGUCGCGCAGUUGACCGAUGAGGGAGAGACGAGACGUUGUGUUGUUUCUCUAGUCGGAGUUGGUGGUCUCGGUAAGACCACUCUUGCUAUGAAAGUCUAUAACAGCGAUAGUGUCAAAAAAUAUUUCCAUUUACAAGCAGCGAUUUCUGUAACACAGGAGUUUGCUUUGAGAGAUAUUUUGCAGGUCAUGAUAAAACGUUGGUCGGUGCUCCCUGACACGCUGGUGGAGGAAAUGAACGAAGCUGAGCUGACGUACUUUAUUUCGGAGUAUCUGAAUGGCAAGAGAUACUUGGUGGCAUUGGAUGAUAUAUGCCAACGUGAAGCAUGGGAUGCUUUGAAGAAUGCAUUUCCCGAUUCGAAUAAUGGAAGCAGGGUUAUGCUCACCACACGCAAAAAAGACGUAGCUUUAUAUGCAGACGCAACUAGCCCGCCAUGUGAAUUACAGCCUCUAAAUCCAGACGAGAGCUGGAGCUUGUUCUGUCAGAAAACCUUCCCUGAAAAAAAUGGCAUUUGUCCUUCACAUUUGCAGAAAUUGGGAAAAGAAAUUGUGGCCGAGUGUCAAGGCCUACCUCUUGCAAUCAUUGCCAUUGGAGGGCUCUUAUCAAAGAAAGAAGAAAGCGAUUGGGAGAAUGUACGCAACAACAUCAGCAGUCAUUUUGGCAAGGGAACCUCCGAGAUAUUUUCUUUGAGCUAUCGAGAUCUGCCGUAUUUUUUAAGACCGUGUUUUCUCUACCUGGUCAAUUUUCCAAAGGACCACGAGUUCCCUGCCAAGGAUUUAAUUCAAAUGUGGGCCGCAGAAGGGUUAAUUCAACACAGGGCGGAAGAAACAGUGGAGGAGGUUGGAGAAGAUUGUCUAAUCGAGUUGAUUCAGAGAAGUAUGGUUCAAGUUGCAAAAGGAAGUUCAAGAGGGAGUAUUAAAAGUGUUUACAUCCAAAAAACUUUUCGGGAUCUCUCCAUAUCAGAAGCGAAGGAAUGUGGGUUUCUCGAAGUUCACUCUGAGAAUGCGAAUGCUCCUUCCACAGCCCGUCGACUUGCAAUUCACCAUAAUGACUUAAGUGAGUACAUUUCCUUAAGCCGUUCCAUUCCAUUCCUUCGUUCUGUGUUUAUCUACUCCCAAGGACGUAAGCUGCUUCAAAGGGAACAAGAAAAGUUUCUCUACAGAGGCUUUAAGUUGCUUAGGGUGCUUUGUUUAAAUGGUGUAUACAUAAAAAAGUUACCUAACGCAAUAGGUGAACUAUUCCACAUGAGGUACCUUGCGUGUAAAGGCACUUCAUUGGAAACACUCCCAUCGUCCAUAGGCAAUCUUCCCCAUUUACAAACUCUAUUUGUGUCGUCUUUUCACGACAUGAAAGUACCUGGCACAAUCCUGGAGAUGCAAGAAUUAAGACAUCUUCAAGUGGAGGACGCGGUUAAGUCGACUUAUUUGGGAUUGGGGGAAAACUGGAGGGAAAUAGAAGGGCAUCCAGGGCUUGACAGCGAAAGUACUCUCCAAACUCUAACAUGUGUGGAGGCUGGCAAAUGGAUGAGAUGCUUGGGAAAGCUCAUCAAUCUUAGAAAAUUGGGAAUACGUUUACACCACGACCGAUCAUAUGAUCAGGUAUUGUAUGAAUCCAUCCCCAAUAUGCAGUGCCUCGAGUCUCUGUCGGUAGUGACGAGGUGCCCAUUCCCAUUAUCGGUACCCCCUUUUUCACAAAUUCCCAAUUUAAGUAAGUUGCGUUUGGAAGGAAAGUUGGAGAAGUUACCCGAGUCUACUGAAUUCCCAAAAAAACUCACCAAGCUUACCUUGGCAUUCUCCUAUUUAAAGGAAGACCCACUGCCGACAUUGCAGAAGCUGGAAAACCUUCGUGUUCUCAAAUUGCUUGGGGCUUCAUAUACGGGAAAGAAAAUGGCUUGUGUUGCAGAUGGGUUUCGUCGACUGGAAUCCUUACAUCUUGAAGCAUUAGAUCAAUUGGAGGAGUGGAGCGCAGAGGAAGGAGCUAUGCCAAGACUUUUACAUUUACGGAUCGAUAACUGCCGGCAUUUGAAUAUGCUUCCGGAAGGUCUGCAACACGUGACUACGCUCAACAAUGUGGAGUUGUGGAACAUGAACGAUGAAUUCAAAGCAAGGCUCCAAGGCGAGGGAGUAGAUUGGCAUAAGAUUCGGUACGUACGCUCCAUCGACAUUCGCUAGUAGGGCGACAUUCUCAGCACUGGCACUUUCUGUCGUCGUGAGAGCUAGAUUGGACAUUGAUUGACGGAUUAGGAGCUUUGAUCUGUAAGAUUUUCGAGCAUUUUCAUUUAUGGUAGAGCUUAUCAAAACAAAAUUUGGAUAUCAAAACUACUGACGCUACCUGUACAACAUAUCAAGACACUAUGACUGAAUGCACUACGAACUUAUACUUUCUGUUUUAUCCAUGAUUAGUUUUAUAGAUUUAAGCAACCAAAUUCUAACAUAUAAUUUUCAGGUUUUAAUCACAAUUUCAGUUCCAAAUAUUUUUUCUCAUAGCAGAGAUUAUGGUGACCCACAUGUACAAAGCGAGUAGACAGUGUGAAGAAUGGAGAAAUGAUUACUUGACGGUGAUGGGGAUGCAGUACCAGUGCAUGCUAGCAGUAGCUACAUCGAGUUUGAGAUUUUCUUUGGAGUUCAAAGCAGUCCAGCUAUGCCAAGAUGUUUGGAUGAUAUUUUCUAAUUAUAGCUUGAGAGUGUAUGUUUUUACACAUAUAGACAAGUCUUUCAAUAUGGAACCAUGUGUUAAUGUUUGCUAUAUGUUUUGUACUCCAAUUCGCACAAACAGUUCCUUUAAUUUCUUAUUUAUUUAACUGUUGCAUUGUCUGCCUGUAAUAAAUUAGUUCAGAUUUAAAAUAAGAAGUAAUUUCUUCAGUGUAAGCCUAGGAGGGCUUCCAUGACUUUUCA